UUUAACCCUAACCUCUGAAGCCCCUCAAAAUCACCUUCAAAAUUUUCCUUAACAUUUCUAGGUUCUGUAAUUUGUUUGUUUGUUUUGCUUCAGAAUUUUCAAAAUGAAGAACCAGGCUUCCACCUUCUUCAAAAAAGUUAUAUGUCUAUUAACUUCGAUAGCUAAAGCUAAAUCCAUGGCCAUCAAGAAUAAAACCAGCGCGGCCAAGGCUCGCCUAAUUAUGUUCUCCUUAAUGAAGAGCAAGAAAGCUCUUCUCGGUCUUGGUUCGAUAUCAAACAAGAUUCAUGGCCUCCUCGGUCACCACGAUGACGAUCAUAAUCAUCAGGGCAAUCAGAGCAAAGCCAUUGUUGUCUACAAUGCCAUAGCUGCCACCGAGUCUCAAUCGAUCUAUAACGAUGAUAUUGACGAUAAUGAUAACGACAAGUAUCCUGAUCUUACCCACUCGUUAUUCGAUGAGUUUGAGGAUGAUGAGGAUGAUCAGGGUGGGUCGAUAAUUGAUAUGGUGAAGAAUUCUAAAGAAGAAGUGGGAGAGAAUUUCAGCUUGGAGGAAGAGAUAGAUCAUGUUGCAGAUUUGUUCAUAAAGAGGUUUCAUAAACAGAUGCGUUUACAGAAGCUUCAAUCUUUCAAGAGGUUUCAAGAAAUGCUCGCCAGAGGCGUCUGAUCAAAUUAAAUUACCUAAUUUCCAAGUAAAUAUAGAAAUAUUGCAGCAAUGCGUGCAUGCAGUUUCAUUUAUUUGUUUUAUUUUUUCAAAUUAAAAUUUUCAGUUAUUUCUCAUUA